AUGGGCGACGCUGGUCGAGUCGAUCCAGACGUGGUGGUUGCAGAGGAGGCUGCCGAGGUUGUCGACGGCGGUUGGGUCUGGGCAGUGGCACCAGGGGUGUUGGGGGAUGUAGAGGAGACACAUUCGGCAAGGUUCGAAGCCGAAGAGAAACGCUUUUUCCGGGGGACUUGCUGGGCGCACCCCCCGCCCAGAAUUGCUAGGCGCGCACCCUCCAGGGUUAGGGUCAGAGGUUCAACAUCGCCAACCACCGACAUCUGCCACACUCAGAUCAAAUCCUCGAACUCCAGUACUCCGGCAACCCCCAGAAGGCUCCCCACCGCCAGGGCUUCGAAUCCAUUGUCCCAGGCUCAGCCGACACCCCAGCGACGCAAGAGGACCCAGCCUAGGCCCCCUAAGGGUACUGCGCCGCAUCUGAAGCCCAGUAUACGUCGUAGGCUGUCACAAGUGGAGUUGGUGAAGUCUCCAGAGGUUGAUAGAGGGUUCGAGAGGUUGAAGAUCAAGGCUGCACAGCGCCCAUCCUUGCUCACGGCGCCGAAGGCAACGAAAAGGGGUAGGGUUUCUGAGGUGGCUCCUGAGGCUGCGCCUCCGCGAAAACAAGCCUCAAAGCGCAACGCAGUGCUUUCUACGACCUCACAGUCAAGCGAACAAGUUCAGGCGGGCUCUGCAGCGCAAACCCAAGCCGUUCAGGACCCGUCUCCCCCCAUGACGAGGACUCGGAGUGGCCGAGCGGUCAAACCAUCGGCUAAAUUACGUGGUGCGGCUCAGGAGGUCUAA